AUGGGCGGCUAUUUCUCCAAGAAGCCGCCCCAGCCCCAGUCCUCGCCUCCGCCCCUCAGCCUCAACCUCAGCCACCGCCUCAACCUCAAACUCAGCCUCAGCCUCAGCCUGCACCUCAACCUCAACCUCAGCCCCGGCCUACCCAUCAACCUCAGCUUUGUAAUCACAACUCGAAAUUUGGGUGUGACAGAUAUGCUCAAGGACGGCCUUGCACGUCGUGAGCAUAGUGUGGGUACUCUAUCCAACAAAGAUACUCUCCAAAUAUUGUUCAGAGAUUGCAUUCCUGAUAAUGCCAUAGACACAGACGGAAAGAACGUGCAAAAAACAAUUCAGAUUUGUCCUGGGAUUCCGUUGGUCUUAGAAAUUGUUGCUGCUCGUUUGCGCAUGCAGAACUACGUGGUAGAGAGGUUUACGCAAAUAUUUGAAGCUUUGGAGCCAGGAAAAGAUGUCAAGGAAGAAAAUCUGACCGAACGUCUUGUCAAUUUUGUGUAUGAUAAGUUGGAAACCUCUACACAAGAAGCGUUUCUGGAUAUUUGCUGCUUCUUUGUUAGCUGUAGUCGCCACGAUGUGGAGUACAUUGUUGGAGCUGAGGAGAUCACACAUCUGGAAGAAGCAGCUUUGUUCAAGACGUCCGACACAGGCAACGUGGUUGUUCAUGAUAUCAUCCGAGCAAAACCGCUGAAUAUGUCUGAAUCCAGUAGAAUUAUGGAUAUGCAAUCCUGGGUCGAUGUUGUAAGCGAAAAUCAGAUAAAAGUAUCACGGCCAGCCCAAAAGACACCAAAAUUUAAAGAACUGAGAUUUCUCCGACUUGGUGGCGACAUCUCUGGUUUAUGGCAAGUGAAUUUGGAGUCUCUUGAGCGGUUGGCCGUGUACCAUGGCCCUAUCUUUAAGGAUGGUGUGAAUUUUUCUAAGCUACCCAAGAAGUUACGUGUUAUGAAAGCCACUGCACAGUCUGAAGAAUCUGCAAAGUCACGGGACUCCAUGGCCGUCAACGUCAGCCAAAAUUCUUUCUUGGAAGAAUUGGAUUUGAAAGAACUGAAAAAUCUCCAGAGAUUACCAGAAUGGCUUGAUCACUUAAGUGGCCUCAAGGUUUUGAUAUUAGAUGAAUGGGAUAAAAUGCAGGAGCUGUCCGAGCAGGUUUGGGCAACUGCGUUAAAGAGGUUGAACCUGCAGACAUUUGAUCUUAAAGAGUUGCCUUCUAGCUUUGGGGACCUUAGCUCUUUAGUAGAGUUAAAACUGUCCGGUUGUCUGGAGCUAAAGGAAUUGCCCCCCGCUCAGCCGCAACCGCCACCUAUUCAACCGCCACCCGGUCAGCUGCCACCGCCAUCGCCGACGUCUGAUUUGCCGCAGCCCACGGUGGAAAACUGUAUCAGCAUCUUUCAAACCAUAGAAAAUGUGGCCGACGUUGAUUGUUUGAUCGAUCUCAUCGACAAGAUCUUGGAGUCCCUCCUAAACAGGUCUAAACAAGAAAAGACGUUACAGAGAAGCAUUAGUUCAGAAACUUAUUCGGAUACACUCAAGGAUAGAGCGAAAUCAGUAUGGGCUUCCUUUCUCGAAAGUGGGUCUGUAUUCCUCGAAUUUGUGAAUAAGCAUAUUCAACUGGAGAAGGGAGAUGAAGUAAACAGACAAGCUUUAGCACACAUAUUGCAAAUUGUGGGGAAGGUGCAUUGGGUGGUUGCAGGGUUAUCUGUUGUAGCUUUCUUGCUAGAACAGAUUGGUCAAAUAUCUGAAAACCGGAGUGAAUGCAUAGAACUCUUAAAACAAAUGGUUAAGCUUGCUGGGCAUAUAAGAAAGUUGAAAUAUGAUAUGCCACAAGAAGAAAAAAUAUUGAAUGAAGCGACUACAUUGAUUGUUGAAGGAUCCAUGAUGUGCGCUUCUCAGUUAAAGUCGAGAACACUUUUCCGGAUAUUGAAGGCUUCUGUGGAUUCCGAAAGAUUGCGUAGUCUACAAUUGAAAACAAAUCAACUGUAUCAGGAUCUUACAUUGCGAGUAGUAAUAGAAAUACAGCAUCAGCAGGCUCUUGCCUUCUCCCCAUGGAAGCCUAUUUAUCCAGAUUAUGCAGUUGGCAUCGAAGAGCAGAAGAAACAAGUAAUGAAGUUGCUGGAUAUGGAAACAGAAAAGAAGUCCACAGUAGCUGUAGUCAUAUAUGGAUUUGGGGGCAUAGGAAAGACCACGCUCGCGAUUGCUCUUAUUGCGGACUUAGAUCUCACAGGUUACAACUAUUCGGCAGUUCAAAUCCAAGAAGACCGCUCGAGAAAUGACAUAAAAUGUAUGCAGCAGCAAAUAUUAAAAGAUGCCUUCCCAGUAUAUACUUAUGGCAGGAAUGUUACAUUGAGAAAUAGUGCAGAGGGUCGGAAUCAUCUCACGAGCGCUUUCCAAGCCCAAGGAAACAAGCCAGUGUUUCUGUUUAUUGACAACGCUCUUCGUGCAGAAGACUUGAAAGAGCUUUUCCCAAAACGCUUAUCAGGCCUUCCGAUGGGGAGCAGAAUAGUGAUCACAACUCGAAAUUUGGGUGAAACAGAUAUGCUCAAAGACACCGGCCUUGCACGUCGUGAGCAUAUUGUAGAUACUCUACCCCACGAGGAAGCACGCAAAAUUUUAUUCGGAGACUUCACUCCAGAUAAUAGCGGAGACAGAGACGACAUGCAAAAAAUCUUGCAGAUUUGUGCUGGGAUUCCGUUAGUAUUAGAGAUUGUUGGUGCUCGCUUGCGUAAGCAGAACUACAUGGUAGAUAGAUGUACCCAAAUAUUUGAAGCUUUGGAGCGAGGAGGGGAUAUCAAGGAAGAAAAUCUGAGCAAACGUCUUGUCACUUCUGUGUAUAAAGAGUUGGAAGCGUCUACUCAAGAAGCGUUCUUGGAUAUUUGCUGCUUCUUUGUUAGUUGGAGCCGCCACGAUGUGGAGUGCAUUGUUGGAGCUGAGGAGGUCACACAUCUGGAAGAGGCUGCUUUGUUCAAGACGUCCGUUGAAGGCAACGUGAUUGUUCAUGAUAUCAUCCGAGCAAAAGGGUGGAGUAUGUCUGAAUCUAAUAGAAUUACAGAUAUGCAAUCCUGGCUCGAUGUUGUCAGCGAGAAUCAGGUAAGUCUUUGCUUGUGUACACUAAUAUAGAGUAGAAAUGUAAUGAGUAGUACUAGUA